GCCAUGUUCGACGAACAGCGACAGAGGGCCACGGAGCUCGCAGUGGCGGGCGUACCUCAGCGGGUGGAUGGUCUGCACUCUGCAGUGGAACAGCUGUUGGUAGUACAGUGCUAUAAUGUCUCAGAAUCUCUCUCUCUCUGCACCGCGGCCGCCGUGUCACGGCGUGCUCUGCACAUUCUGUCGAGCUGUGUUUUUCUCCGUCUGUACUCGGGACUCGGGACGCACUGCCUGCAUCUGGCCCAGAUCUGCAGAUCGCCCACAGAUCGCCCACAGAUCGCCGCUAGCUGAGAACAGGCUAGUUUGUGUUCUGUGCGCAGUUGUGUGCUGCUAUAGUGUCUACAAAGGUAUUGCGGCGCCUUCAACGGCGCUUGUGUGCGUCCUUCUAUCGGCCGCCAUUGUCCCUUGCGAUGGCCUCUUCAGCGACGGCAGCAGAUCCCGCGACUUUGCCCCCUGCCCCACCCAGCAAAGCCGACUCGGAGGCAGGAGCCGACAGACGCGCGCACCAUGUUGAGACGCCAGCCGAAAAGACGUGGUCUCCAGAGGCCGAGCGCAGGCUUAUUCGCAAGGUCGACUGGCACCUCCUCCCGGCCGUCUGGCUCAUGUGUCUGGUGUCGUGGACCGACAGGUCCAACAUCGGCAACGCCAAGAUCGCCGGCAUGACCAGCGACCUGGCCAUGUCGUCGCCCGAGUACAGCUUGUCCAUCGUCGUCUUCUACGUCGGCUACGCCGUGUGGGUGCCCAUAUCCAACAUGCUGCUGGUGCGGUCGCGGCCGUCCGUGUUCCUGCCGAGCAUCAUGCUGCUGUGGGGGGUGGGGACGUGCUCCAUGGCCGCGGUGGCAACGUACCCGCAGCUGCUCGCGGUGCGCACGCUGGUCGGCUUCUUCGAAGCCGGGCUGACGCCGGGCGUCGUGCUGCUCAUCUCGAGCUGGUACGUGCCCGCGGAGCAGGCCAAGCGCGCGGCCGCGUACGUGUCGGCAGCGCUGUUGGGCGGCGCGUUCGGCGGGCUCGUGGCUGGCGCGGUGACUGGCGGGCUCGAGGGCGCGCACGGCAUCAGGGGCUGGCGCUGGCUGUUCAUCGUCGAGGGCGUCGUCACCAUCGCCUGGGCCCUGGCCUCGCUGUUUCUGCUGCCCGACUUUCCCGAUAACUGCCAGUGGCUCGACGCCGACGAGAGGGCCAUGGCCGUGGCGCGGCUAGUGCGGGCGAGUGUCCGCGUACGCGGCACAGAUUCUGGGCGGCCGAGACUGGGCAAGAUGCGGUCGCUGGUUCUGGCAUUGUCGGACUGGAGGGUCUGGGGCCUCACCUUGGCGUCAGCGAUGCUGGGCUGCGCAAUGGUCUUGUCGUACUUCUACCCGACCUUCGUGAAGCAGAUGGGCUACACGUCGACCGUCGAGUCCCAGUACAUGACUGCACCGAUUUGGGCGGCUGCGUUUGGCUGCGCGCUCCUAAGCGGGUUCGGGGGCGACCGGGUACCCCGGCAACGCGCCCUCGUGAUUGCUGCGUGGAUGGGAAUCUCGGCCAUGAUGGCGAUUCUGAUGUGCGUCGACUACGAUUUCCAGGCGCGGUACGCACUGCUGGUGAUCAUGGCAGGCGGCGUGUGGUCGGGGAUCGCCAUGUCCAUAGCCUUUGCAACCACGACGUUUGCAGACCUUGCACCUGAGGUGCGGGCCGUUGCUAUCGCCUUCCCUGGCUCGGCGACCAAUCUUGGCAACAUCUAUGGGGCAUAUUUGUUCCCGCAGGCGGGCGCGCCCAAGUAUCUGCUGGGGUUCGGAGUCGUGUCUGCGACGCUGGGGACCGGCUCCGUUCUGUACGCGACCCUAUACCUUGUGCUGCGUCGGCAGAAGACAAGGCGCGAUGCCGAAGGAGUACCAGAGACUGACUCGGGCGGAUGA